AUGUUUGGAAAUAUGGACUUCGACCCCGAGCACGUCCCGGGCGUCAAGCUGGGUCUGCACAUCUUUCAGUUUAUCCUGUCCUUCGUCAUCUGGGCAUUGGAAAUCGCAGUAUUCAGAGCAGACAAUGCAAAGAUCGUGGGCAACAAUGGCUGGACAUUUGGAGUGUGUUUCCUGUCCAUUCCUGCUUGGAUAUACCUGAUUAUGGCGCCCCGGUGGCCGAGGACCCGCAAACUCGCAAACCCGUACGCCAUGGUCGCCGUCGACGGAGUCUUCACCAUCUUUUGGCUGUCCGCGUUCGCCAGUCAGGCUGCGUACAACACCGCCAACCAGUGCGGUGAUGGCUGCACGCUCAGCAAGGUCAUUGUUGGUCUUGGCGUUUUCGUGACUGUCCUUUUCGGUGUCACUACAUUCGUUUCUCUCUACACCCUGAAGCACUACCAGUUCCACGGCUCUCUUCCUGGCUACGACAAGCAGAAGAUCGCCGGCGACAACAUCGACCCCGAUAAGGCCGCCUUCUCCAUGGCUCCCCAUGACGAGGAGGCCUACGCCCCCGUCAACAUGGACGACCAUAACGAUGAGCACACUUUCGGCAAUGGCAACGCUAGCAACGUCGGCAGCUACAGUGACCGCUACGGAAACAACUCGGCCUACGGAGGCGCUUCCACCGCGUACGGCCAGGAGGACGAUGACCCGAACCGUUACGGCUCUCUCCCCUCGCGCCAGAACGCCGCCAUGUUCGACAGCGAGACCGAGUACCACUCCCAGCGGCCCACAUCCACCGCGCCCGUGGCCGAUCCUUACUCCGCGCCCGUAGCCGACCCCUACUCUGCGCCUGCAGUCCAGCCAUACGCCGCGCCUGCCUACGACGAUGACAGGCCGGCUCAGUUCCCCGCUGGUAACUACGACCGCACGUUGAGGUAA